GAGGGGAGAGCCAGGGUCAAGGAUCAAACCCGGCACAAGAUGGCGGCGGCGGCGCGUCGGAGGUCCCAGGCAGAGCUGGCCCUGGCCUGUCUGGGCCUCUGCCUUUCCGCAGCCUUGGCAGUGGACAGAAGCAACUUCAAGACGUGUGACCAGAGUUCUUUCUGCAAGCGGCAGCGCAGCAUUCAGCCCGGCUCUUCCCCCUACCGUGCCCUGCUGGACUCUCUAGAACUUACCCCUGAUGCCCUCACGGUCCACCUGGUCAAUGAAGUCACCAAGGUGGUGUUGCUGUUGGAGCUACAAGGACUACAGGGGAACAUGACUCGGAUUCGCAUCGAUGAGCUCAAGCCCCUCCGGCCACGUUACCGGGUGCCUGAUGUCUUGGUGGCAGAUCCCCCCACGGCUCGGCUGUCCAUCUCUGGCCGAGAUGAGAACAGCGUGGAGCUGACUGUGGCCGAGGGCCCCUACAAAAUCAUCCUGACGGGAAGGCCCUUCCGACUGGACCUGCUGGAGAACCGCAGCCUUGUGCUCAGCGUCAAUGCCCGGGGACUUAUGGUCUUUGAGCACCAGAGGCUUCCCAGGAAUUCGGAGGGACCACAGGAACCAGCUGAGGGGGAUGGAACCCCAGACGAGGAGGCUGCUGGGAAAACAGACAAGUCAGAGGAGAACAGAGGAAAGGAUGACAGUGAUGAGCCAGGGGCCUGGGAGGAGAUGUUCAAAACCCACUCAGACAGCAAGCCUUUUGGCCCCACGUCAGUGGGUCUGGAUUUCUCUUUGCCUGGAAUGGAACAUGUGUAUGGAAUCCCAGAGCAUGCAGACAAUCUGAGACUGAAAGUCACUGAGGGCGGGGAGCCAUAUCGACUCUACAACCUCGAUGUCUUCCAGUAUGAGCUGUAUAACCCCAUGGCCUUGUAUGCCUCAGUGCCUGUGCUCUGGGCACACAGCGUCCACCGAGACCUUGGGAUUUUCUGGCUCAAUGCAGCUGAGACAUGGGUUGAUAUAUCCUCUAAUACGGCAGGAAAGACGCUGUUUGGGAAGAUGCUGGAUUACCUCCAGGGUGGGGGAGAGACGCCCCAGACUGAUGUGCGCUGGAUGUCAGAGAGUGGUGUUAUUGAUGUGUUCUUGCUCCUCGGGCCCGCGGUCUCAGACAUCUUCCGUCAGUACGCCAGUCUCACAGGGACCCAGGCCCUCCCCCCACUCUUCUCCCUCGGCUACCACCAAAGUCGUUGGAAUUAUCGGGAUGAGGCCGAUGUGAUUGAUGUUGACCAGGGCUUUGAUAAUCAUGACAUCCCCUGUGAUGUCAUCUGGCUGGACAUUGAACAUGCUGAUGGCAAGCGCUACUUUACCUGGGACUCGAGCCGUUUUCCCCAGCCGCUUACCAUGCUGGGACAUCUGGCUGGCAAAAGACGGAAGCUGGUGACCAUCGUGGACCCUCACAUCAAGGUGGACUCGGGAUACCGGGUGCAUGAGGAAUUACAGUCACUGGGACUGUAUGUCAAGACUCGAGAUGGUUCUGACUACGAGGGCUGGUGCUGGCCAGGCUCCGUUAGCUACCCCGACUUCACAAACGUCAAGAUGAGAGACUGGUGGGCAAAUAUGUUCAGCUUUGACAAGUAUGAGGGUUCAGCCUCAAACCUCUAUGUUUGGAAUGACAUGAAUGAACCAUCGGUGUUCAAUGGUCCUGAGGUCACCAUGCUCAAGGAUGCCCGGCACCAUGGGGGUUGGGAGCACCGAGAUGUCCACAACAUUUACGGCUUCUAUGUGCACAUGGCCACAGCAGAGGGGCUCAUACAGCGCUCUGGAGGGGUAGAGCGCCCAUUCGUGUUGGCCAGGGCCGCCUUCGCUGGCUCUCAGCGCUUUGGAGCUAUCUGGACAGGGGACAAUGCAGCAGAGUGGGACCAUCUGAAAAUCAGCAUCCCCAUGUGCCUCAGCUUGGGGCUGGUGGGGCUUUCUUUCUGUGGGGCGGACAUUGGCGGCUUCUUCAAGAACCCUGAGCCAGAGCUGCAGCUGCGCUGGUACCAAGUAGGCGCAUAUCAGCCGUUCUACAGGGCUCACUCACACAUGGACACAGGCCGGCGAGAACCCUGGCUGCUGCCCCCCGAGUACCUGGGGCCACUCCGAGACGCCUUGCGCCAGCGCUAUGCCCUGCUCCCCUUUUGGUAUACCCUCUUCUAUCGUGCUCACCGUGAUGGGCAUCCUGUCAUGAGGCCCCUGUGGGUGCAGUAUCCAAAGGAUGUGACCACCUUCAGCCAAGAUGAUCAGUACAUGCUAGGAGACUCUCUGUUGGUUCACCCUGUGACAGAGCCUGGGGCCCGUGGAGUCCAAGUGUACCUGCCUGGCCAAGGGGAGGUGUGGUAUGACGUUCAGAGCUACCAGAAGCACCAUGGCCCCCAGACGUUGUACCUCCCGGUCACUCUCAGCAGCAUCCCUGUGUUCCAGCGUGGGGGCACCAUUGUGCCUCGGUGGGAGCGUGUGAGACGAUCUUCAGACUGUAUGAAGGACGAUCCCAUAACCCUUUAUGUGGCAAUCAGCCCCCAGGGCACAGCAGAAGGAGAACUCUAUUUAGAUGAUGGCCAUACUUUCAACUAUCAGACUCAGAAUGAGUAUCUGCUACGAAAGUUCACCUUUUCGGGAAACACUCUCACCUCCAGCUCAGCUGACCCACAAGGCCACUUUGAGACCCCAAUCUGGAUUGAGCGGGUGGUGAUCCUCGGGGCUGGAAAGCCUGCCUCUGUGCUGCUCCAGACAGAGGACAUGCUUGAAAGUGUCCUGAGCUUCCAUCACAAUGCAGAGACCUCAGUGCUAACUCUGCGCAAGCCUGGAGUCCCUGUGGCAGCGGACUGGAGCAUCCACUUGCGAUAGCCCGAGGGUUAUCCCUGCCCAAGCCAGAUCCUGAGUAACCCCUCCCUCUGCCUUGAGGUCUGCUCCCUGUCCCAGAGUCACCUUUCCAACCACAGUAGGGCCCAGAUGCUGCCCGAAGGAUUCACUGGCCAUAAGCUGGGCAGGGGCCAGAGGAGCUUCCGAGGUUGGGAAUCCCUCCUCUGCUUCCCUGACCCCUCCUCUCCCAGCAGACAGCGACAGCGGGACCCCUUCCCAUGACUUCACCCCAUCUUUGUAGGGGACCUGAACUCUUCCUCCCUAGACUCUUCCCCCUCAUGCCUUGGUUUUAGGCAUCUGGAUCUAGCCACCCAAGGACACUGGUCUCCACCUUCAUCCCCUGCCCACCCCUUUUAUUCCUCUCCUCUGGUUGAGGGAAGGGACUCCAGGUGACUUCUCUUCAGCCUUUCUAUUUUCAUACCCCAUCGAUACACUGGGACCACCCCCUUCCCUAGUAGGUGAUGAGUGGGGAGAAAGAAGAUUGUGAGGCUCCUCCUUCCCCCAACUCCUCACUCUGCCAGAACUGCUGCGGGCCCCUUGUCUCCCUGCCCUUGGGGGGAGAGGGGCCCAGCCCCCCCCCCCCCCCCCCGUUGUGGACCCGUCCUCCCCCCUGGGGCAGUGACAGGCUGCCCAGUGUAUUUAUUGCGGGGGGGGGGGGGGGGGGGGGAGGGGUUGGGGGGUAAUGGAUCAUGUGUGCCCAGGGCUGGGGGCUCCGAGAAAUAUGGGAAGGGGCAUCUGGGUGGACAUUUUUUUACUUCCCCGUGGCCCGAGCUGGGGCAGGUUUUGAUAAACGGAAAAACAAUAAAAGAACCGAAACUGUC